CAAACAGGUCUACAUGAUCUGAUAAUGAGGUCAGCCAGCCAUAAGCUUUGACGUCAUGCCAGUCGAGACAUUAGGGCUAUUAUAAUACUUAUAGAAGGAUGCCGUUUGAGAGUUUGCCGAUUCAGCUAAUUAUUAUAACUCAUAAACAAAAGAAAGACAUCUGCGCCAGCGUUCAUAAUGAGCUAUCUCGACAACGUCCACGACAAUCCUGCAAACGAACAGGGCUUCUUCAAGCCCGGAGUCCAGCCAACCGGUCCAAACCAGCAGCCUCACGGACCAUUAUCACACGACAAGCAUGCCGUCGGCGUGAAAGCCUCCCCCGCGGAUUAUGCCCGCGAAUUCCACGCCGAGACUUACCCACCAGGAACCGCACCAGCAAGCAGCUCCUACCAGCCCUACCCGAUUGAUCACACUGGCGAACAGGCCAUGAAUCCUAAUGUCUUGAGGAGCCAUGGGAAGGAAGGUGUCAGGACUACUGCAGAGUCAACCCUUAUGGGUGCUACUUCGAAGGAUGUUAACAAACGGGCAGGUCACCCCAGUACUGGGUAGAGUAGCGCUGAGCUGCGUCAAGGCAUUUGUUUAGUUCAUUUAUUCAUAGUAUUAGCAUCAGAUUUUACAAU